AUGGGGGCUUCUAGUCGUUUCAUGAAAUUUUUUAGACGUGGAAGGAGAAAUAGAGUGAGCGUGUAUGCUCCGUCAACAGAGACUGCAGGGACAUCUCAAGUUCCUGAUGAUCACCAAGCAAGGGAGGGAAUUUUCACCUCGUCACGGGAGACUGCAGGGACAUCUCAAGUUCCUGCUGAUCACCAAGCAAGGGAGAGAAUUUUCACGUCGUCACGGGAGACUGCAGGGACAUCUCAAGUUCCUGAUGAUCACCAAGCAAGGGAGGGAAUUUUCACGUCGUCACGGGUGACUGCAGAGACAUCUCAAGCUGCUGCUGAUCACCAAGCAAGGAAGGGAAUUUUCGAGUCGUCACGGGUGACUGCAGGAACAUCUCAAGCUACUGAUGAUCACCAAGCAAGGAAGGGAAUUUUCACCUCGUCACGGGUGACUGCAGGGACGUCUCAAGCUCCUGCUGAUCACCAAGCAAGGAAGGGAAUUUUCGGGCGGCUGAGGGACGCCUGGAAGAGAGUAAAGAAGAUAGGGCGUAAUAGGGUACACCCUCAGCCGCCAGAAACCGACGACUCAUUGCCCAACGAUCCAGAGACUGAAUCUCCACCUGACUCAUUGACAGGAUCCAUAAUUUUAAGCUUUGACAAAUCUCCAUCAUUAAUUUCCGUGGUGGAAAGCCAGGCCUUAACUUGCGUUUUAUCCGAUGAUGAGAGUUCCGAUAACAUCUUGAUUUCUUGUUACGACAGAUAAAUAGGCCUAUUAUGAAGGCGAUAGGUGGUUGGAUGGCACUGACGAGCUGACCAUAUGCAACUCUACGCCAGUCUUUAGUUCAUGUUUGGUCUUCUUUGAAAGUCAAGACCAUAAUUAUCUUGAUUCUCAGUUCAGUAGAACUAUAACAGAGAAUCGAAUAUAUCAACGAACGACUCAAAGCUACUCAGUAACUGUGAAAACCAAAUCACUAAACGCACCAGUGGAAUUUCAUUUCAUACGGAAACUGUGCAAAAACAAACAAACAAACAAACAAUUGUAUUUCAUUUCACAUCUAGAUUUUAAAUUUUAGAUGCUUUCAGGAGUAC